GGCACGCACAACACACACCACCCGCCUCAGGACAGGUAUUGCUGGAGAAGAUGGACUUUGGGGCUAGCUUGUCAGCUAGCUAAGUGGAUAUAAUGGCUUAUACCCGCUCUCUGGAAUGCUAGUUUAGCAAGCUAGAUUUCUCUCGGUGGUUUGGAAUACACAUGUUUAACCUUCCUAAUUUCCGUGGGAAGGACGCGAGGACUAGUUGCCUUUGACCACUAAAGAUGCACCCCGAAAAACUGUCACUGAAGUAAAACAUUUAACCGCAUCCCUUGGAGUAUAAAGCUGAAUCAUUAAUACGGUAAUGGCUGGACUAAUAAAGAAACAGAUCCUGAAGCACCUCUCCAGGUUUGCCAAGAACCUGUCCCCGGACAAGAUCAACCUGAGCACGCUGAAAGGCGAAGGGCAGCUCACCAACCUGGAGCUGGAUGAGGAGGUCCUGCAGAGCCUGCUGGACCUGCCCACUUGGCUCGCCAUCAACAGGGUGGAGUGCAACAAGGCCGCCAUCCGGAUUCCAUGGACCAAGCUGAAAACUCACCCCAUUUCUCUGACUCUGGACAAGGUGGUGAUGGAGAUGAGCACCUGCGACGAGCCCCGCCCCCCCAACGGCCCGUCUCCAAUAGCAACGGCCUCGGGGCAAAGUGAGUAUGGCUUUGCCGAGAAGGUGGUGGAGGGGAUGUCCCUGUCCAUAAACUCCAUCGUGAUCCGGAUCAGCGCCAAGGCCUUCAACGCCUCCUUCGAGCUCUCCCAGCUGCAGGUCUACAGCGUCAACACCAGCUGGAGCGCCAGCGACCUGAAGUUCACUCGCAUCCAGGACCCCCAGAGAGGAGAGAUCCUGACCUUCAAGGAGAUCAGCUGGCAGAUGAUCCGCAUCGAGGCCGACGCCAUCCAGAGCGGCGAGCACGAGGUGCUCAGCGCCCCCAUACGCCUCAUCACCAACCAGUCCAAGAUCAGGGUCACCCUGAAGAGACGGAUGAAGGACUGUAACGUGGUGGCGUCCAAGCUGGUCCUGAUCCUGGACGACCUGCUGUGGGUGCUGACGGACUCCCAGCUCAAGGCCAUGGUGCAGUACGCCAAGUCCCUCAGCGAGGCCAUGGAGCGCUCCGCCCAGCAGAGGAAGAGCAUGGCCACCGAGGACCAGGACUCUUCGGCGGCCCCGACAGCCCAGCAAGUGCGUACGCAGCAGGCGGCGGCUGCGGCCGACCAGGGCGCCAGCAUGGCCCGGCUGUUCAGCGACAACGACGUGUGCGAGACCUCGCACCACCUCCAGAUCACACACCUGGACCUGCACAUCUGCGACGACAUCCACGCCAAGGACAAAGUGGUCAACAAGAGGAUAACGGGAGGAGCCAUGCAACUGUCCUUCAGUCUCAUCACACUGGACUACUACCCCUCCCACAGAGCAGGUGACAGCUGUGUCCACUGGAUGCACUACAGCGAGGCUACCAAGGCCAGGGAGGGCUGGGCCCGCAGUCUCCUGGAGGAGUUCAGGUCCAACGUGGAGAUGCUGAAGACGGCCAUGAGAGACCAGCAGGGGCCCACACACACCUCCCCCCAGCACGGUAAGAUCAGCACCAGCUCCAGCUCGGCCUUCACGCCUCCUCAGCCCCCCAGGACCCAGCUCAUGUCCAGCUCCGUAGUCCUCAGGAUAGCUGACUUCAGCAUCUACCAGGUUUCCACAGCAGACCAGAGGCGCUCCAGUCCCAGAACCAUGGUCUCCUGUAAUAAGAAGUCGCUGUACCUGCCCGCAGAGAUGCCCGCCAUCCACGUGGAGUUCACCGAGUACUACUUUCCAGACGGCAAAGACUACCCCAUCCCCUGCCCCAACCUGUACGUGCAGCUGAACGCCCUGCAGCUGGUGCUGGACCCACGCAGCCUGGUGUGGCUCAACCUGUUUGGGCUGGACCUGAAGCAGAGCCUGGAGCAGUUCAUGGAGCUGUACAAGCUGGACGACUCGCAGAAGAGCGAGGAGCACGUGGACAUACGCGUGGACGGACUCAUGCUCAAGCUGGUGGUCCCGGCCGAGCGCGACCCCUCGGCCCCCGCCGACCUCCCGCGCUCCGUGUCGGUCCAGACCUCGGAGAUGGUGGCCAGCAACACCCGCCACCCGGCCAGCUGCUCUCGCUCCCAGCUGGAGGCCCUCCUGCAGGCCUUCCGCGAGGAGGCCUUCUUCUCCUCCGCCUCCUUCCCUCGCUCCUCCCCCUCCUCCGCCGCCUCCCCCCCUCCCCUCCUCCACCCCGUGUUCCAGCGCCACGCCCACGAGCAGGACACCCUGCUCCACGACGUCUUCCGGGGCCUGGUGACCCCCGGCCUGGCCGCCGACGCCCUCAAGAGCCCCGCCGCCGCCGACCUGUGGGCGCUGCACUUCUCCCAGUUCUGGGUGGACUACGAGGGCUCGCGCGGCGGCGCCAAGGGGCGGCCCCAGCCCUUCGUCGACGCCUUCCCGCUUACGCUGUGGGCAUGCCAGCCGGCUCGGCACGCCCAGCACCGCGAGAGGCUGCGGGCGGGCGCCGCGGGCCUGCCCCGGAGCGAGUCGGGGGAGCAGGGCCGCCUGGAGAGGAAGAGGAGGUUGAGGGAGUUCUACAGGACGGAGGGACGGGCGUCGCCGGGGGCCGCGGCCGCCCCCCCUCCGCCCCCCAGCAACGGCCUCCACAAGCCCCUGUCCCUGGACAGCCUCGCGCCGGCCGCGCCAACCGGGGCGGAUGCCGACGUGCACGUGCUCGUGCACGUGCAGAAGCAUUUGAGCGUGCAGGUGAGCCACCGUCAGUACGUCUUCCUGAUGCGUCUGCAGCGCGGCAUCAAGGCCCUCCAGCACACCCUGCAGCAGGACCUGGAGGAGAUGGGCUCCCGCCGGCCACACCCCCCCCAGCCCGCCGGCCCCUCCCCCCAGCCCGCCGGCCCCUCCCCCCAGCCCGCCGGCCCCUCCCCCCAGCCCGCCGGCCCCUCCCCCCAGCCCGCCGGCCCCCGGCCCUUCUCUGUGUGCCUGGCCGUCCUGCUCAAGAGCGCCGAGGUGGCCCUCCUCCUCAACCCGGCCCCCCAGCCCGGGCCCCCGGGCUCCCCCCUGGGCUCGGAGGUCUCCCCCUCGGAGAGCAGGGGGACCCUGGAGGCCGGGGCGGAGGCCGGGGACCCGACGGAGGCCGGGGCCUGCACGGUGGACCAGCUCCUCUGCGGAGGAGGCGAGGCCGAGGGGAGCCCCGCCCCACUCAUCCCCACCUCGUCCUCGGCUCGUCCGUGGGACCCCACCGGCCGCAAAGCCUCCCUGGACGCGGGGAGGUCCAGCGCGGAGGAGACGGGCGAGGGCUCGGCGGAGGCCCGGACGGGGGGAGAAGGGCAGGCGGUGGACGCCAAGGCCCAGCAGGGUGAGCCCUCGGGGGGGAGGACUGGUGUGGGAGACCCCCUCUCUGACUGGAGCGACGGCAGGGAGAAGAAUUCAGGAGCCAAGAUGCCUCAGUCCAUGUCAAGGAAAGGCAGCUUGUCAGCGUUCUCUGACAAGCUCAGCUUCUCAAACCCCAGCAGGUCCUCCUCUCUCUAUUCCAUAUCCAACAUCGGUCGUCUGAUGAGAGACCGGUCCCAGUCUAGCUUCUCCGUCUCCUACAAGAACAUGAAGAAAAGCCCCUCUCUGCAGUCCCUGGACAACAUCUCCAUAGAUAGCUACAUGAUGGAGGACUGUGACACCUACAGCCUGCUGGAACGAGAUGACGUCUCCAUCUCGGGCUACAAGGACGCAGCGCCCCAGCAGAGUGCCGCAGUAGAGAGUGCCAGCGAGGCUAUUGGUCCAGAGCAGGACGGGGGCGUGUCCCCGGACACCGUCAGCGCCACCUCCCAGAGCAUAGACGAGCCAACUAAGGACAUGGUGUCGGUGCUGGUGCUGCGGGUCCAGGGUGUGUGUGUGGGCGUGGAGGUGGUGGGGGAGAGCACGGCCCUGACUCUGGAGGCCGGCCGGGUCCGCCCCACCCAGCUGGGCAACAUCAGCCUCAGACAGUACCUCAGCAACCGCAGCCUUGGCGGAGGUCUGGAGCCGGAGCCGGGCUCGGCGGCGGGCACCUCCCCCCCCCACCCCGAGGUGCGUGCCCGGCUGGAGACGGGCCCGCGGGCCGCCGCCCACUCCCUGCUGGCCGAGCGCAACGGCUUCCUGCAGCUGCGUCUCCACGGCUACCGGGCCAGCUUCCUCAUGUCCACGCUGCGGAACCUGGCCCACUUCCUGGAGGACGACUCGGCGCCGCAGGUGCUGCCCAUGGAGAUCAGCGUCCGGGACACGCACGUCGACAUCAAGGACGAUGGUCCCCGGGACAACGCCUCCGACCCGGGGCCCAGCCCCAUCACCCUCCAUGUGGACAGUCUGGUCAUACACAGACGAGAUGACGGAGCCUUCUCUAUAGGAGUGGACAAUGCUUCCGAGGGCAGGUCCAAGAACAACGACUUGUUGAUUGACAGUCCUCUGAGCCAGUUACCCGAGGCCCUGCGUGCGGUCAGCAAUGUUCCAAAGGCUACGCAGACCUCCCCUGGCCCACCCACCAGCCCCCGCCCUUCAAGCAGAGAACAGCUGCUGAUCGAGGAGAACGAGUGCUUGAAAGUGGAGCUCUCCCGAGCCAAGAUGGCAUUGGCGGACGCCCAAAUGGAGAAGGACUCGCUGUUGCACCGAAUGAAGAGCCUGAAAGUGAACACCAGCUAGGCUAGAGGCUAGGCUAGCUGGAGGCCCCCCAGCCCACCAGUAGGUCCGAGCUGCCACAAGGGUGUAGCGGGGACGGAGGGAGGCCUGCUCGCUUCCAGCUGCCUUGAGGAAGGCCGGUGUUGACGGGAUGAAGACACAAGGGGGGUGGUGGGGGGGGGGGGGGGGGGGGGUGGAGGUGGGUGGGUGGGUCCCAGUCUUAUUAAGGUUAUUUUUCUGCUACGCCCCCCCUCAUUCCCAUAUUGUAGAGCAUAGCACUACCUUGCUCGUGACAACAACAACAAAAUUGAGAGAUAUAAAAUAAAUACUUGAAGAUGACUGUGGCGCGGUCCUCCCUUUUUGGACCGACGGUCGUCGUUAUUUGAGUUUGGAAGUGUUUAGCUGUUGCGACGCCCCAAGCUGCGGCUGCCUAUCACAAGAUUCCCAGAGAGGUUUUGCGUCGGAGAGGAGGGGGCGCGGAGGAGCGGCAGGGUUCGAAAUCCCCCCAAAUAACAGUGCUUUGGUAGAAGUCAGCCCCCCCCCCCCCUCUCACCCCUCCCACACACACACCUGAUUAGGGGCUUGCUGCACCAUUCACAUUCUUCGACUCUAUAGUAACAUGCAAACCGUGUGGGGGCGGUGGGCGGUGUAUCCGAUCGACUUGAUUCAACUGUAUACUCGAGGUGUGGAGACGCGCUGAAUGUCAUAUCUUCAGAGGAAUGUCUUACAAAGAGAGACCAAUUUUGCACUGCACACGAACUGAAACGCGUCGUUGAGCACGUUUUGAGCGGGGAGGUCGAGGCGAGCUUUUCAUCAAUUGUCCUUUUGAGUGUGUACGGUCGUGUACAUACAAACGAAUGUGAAACGCAUACACCCGAUGAUUUUUUUUACGACAGGAUUCUCCAGGGUUACGCAGUGUUUUCAUGUGUGUGCGUGUGUUUGAUCCAAGUGUUUGGUUUGUUUACUUUCUCGUGCAACCUCAACAAGCGUUUCAUGAAAUACAAUAAGUUCACCUUUUCAUAUCCCUCAAUCAUUCCUGAUGACCACAAAAAUGUCUCAUUUCACUGGCUUUCCCCCUAUUUUUCUACAUGUAAAUAGCUACCUACAUGUGCACUUUGGAAUCUAACCCGCUGUAAAUAUGACUCGCAUCUCCCACACAUUAAGUACCUCUCAAACUGGUCAUAGAACACAUGCCGGUCAACUCUUAAACAACCAAUGAGGGGAGAGAACACUAACUUGGCGUACGAGCCAAUAUGAAAAAAAAAAAAAAAGAAAGAAAAAAAAGAAUCGCUUCUAUGCUGUCGGCUAUGUCCCCUCAUCUCUGACCAAUGCAGGAUCAAAACAGGCACGUGCAAGCUGCCUGGCUAUAUACAGUCCUACAUGUGUGUGUGCGUGCGUGUGUAUAUUUGCAUAACCAUCCUUGUGUCAUCUUCCCUAUACCUGCUGCUACUCUGUUCUGUGUGCCGCUGUGUGUAGGAGGAGUCAUUGGGCACUGUCUCCACGUAGAUCCGAGAACAGUAGAAGGAUACAUGCUUUGCUGUCUGGAAAGAACAGGAUUUGGCUCAUCGCCUACAUUAUUGGCCACUAGCCCUAUUGGCCACUAGCCCUUUCAAUAGGAUUGGUGUCCUUCAUUGUUGUUGUUGUUUUUUUUAUAACCAGGAACUACUCUUGGAUUUAGACUAGUCCUAUCCCCAGUCGAUAGUCCAGUCUAGUCCAGCUGAAUGUCUCUCCCAGUUGCCCAGUCCCAUUGCUGUUUUGAACAUGCAUCCAUAGAACACAAGUAGUUAUCGGCACAACUACAGCAGCAAGACUUGAAAUGGAAAGGGUGGAGGAUUAAAAAAAAAACUUGAUUGUACUUAAACAUUUAUAUAUAUAUAUAUAUAUAUAUAUAUAAGAACUCUUUUGGAGUUUGCUCUUCCCCCUUCACCUACAAUAAACCCCUCUCCAUCGCAAUACAGACUCUCAUUUCACAAUGCUCCUCCGCCUAUCCAGGGAGCUCCGUCCCCAAGGCCCUGUGCAGAAAACCUUCUCAUGUAAUAUGUCUGUCAGAAGCUGCUGAAUUACUGAAGAAAAAUAAAAGGACAUCCUAUCAA